UGUGCUGACCCAACCGAGCUCCGCGUUAUCUUCUCGUCACAGUUCCCCGUAUCCCUCGUCCUUCUUCUUCGAGCAUAAGCCUGGAAAAAGAGACACGGCAUGAAAAAGUCCCCUCCCUCCCCGUCCCCCCGGCAGUCUUCCGCGGGGUUGGAGCUAAUCCAAACUUCGGUCUUGGCUUCAUGUUCUUUGCUAUGCCCACAUCAUUUCUCACCAUAUCGUGCCGCUCAUCAGACUACUAUUAUUAGGGCCGGGUGAGCUGGAAGGCAGUAGCCGUAUCUUAAUCCACUUGUAGCAUGCAACGUACAGUAAAUACGCCUUUCUUGAUGCCAUCUCUGAUCAGUCACACCCGUUGUUAGACAUGAACAUUAUAGUCGUCGGAGCAGGGAUCGCGGGCCUCUCGCUUGCCAUUGCCCUCGGCCAGUCAGGCCACCAAGUCACAAUUCUCGAUGCUGCCCCUCAGCUUGCCGAGCUGGGUGCGGGCGUUCAAAUGACGCCACAAGCUCUACGGUAUUUAUUCCAAUGGGGCCUCAAAGAAGAUCUACUGGCGGAGUCUAUUAUUCCCGAAAAUCUGCAUGUAUGGGAUGGAAGUAGCGGCAAUCUCUUGGGACAUGUUCGAAUCAGAGAAAUGGAAUCUCAGUACGGUGCCCCGUACAUUGUUGUUCAUCGGGCCGUUUUACACAACAUCCUGCAUCGCCACGCCAUCAAAGCCGGCGGACAGCUGCUCCUAGACAGCAACGUCGUCGAGUAUGAUUUCGCCAAUGGUGCGGUCCAGCUGCUAAAUGGCAAAAGGCUAACAGCCGAUCUUGUUGUUGCUGCCGAUGGAAUCAACUCCCUCGCCCGAUCCCAGCUUUUGGGGAAUAAGAAUCCUGGAAGUCUGCCUACUGGAUGGGCCGCUUUUCGCAUGACAACCGAAGUCUCAAAGCUCAAAGCUGAUCCAACGACUUCAAGUCUAGUAGAUCUCCAGUCUCGCAGCUCCAACUUUUGGGUUGCUCCACAGAUAUCGUGCAUGACAUACUUGAUCAAAGAUGCCACUCUGCUCAAUAUCGUUCUUACCCACCGGGAUGAUGUCAACACCAAGGAUCUUACCUCAAAUGAAUGCAAAGAGAUAGUCCGAGACUUAUUCAAAGACUUCGAGCCCCGUGUUCAACGCAUAUUAGACCUUUCUACGCCCAAGAUUGCCAAUUACCCUGUAUAUGCCGUGCCGCCAUUGCCUUCCUGGGCUCACGAAUCCGGCCGCUUCGUCCUCAUGGGCGACGCCGCUCACGCCAUGGCCUUUUACAUGUCCAUGGGCGUCAGCAUCGCCGUCGAGGACGCAGCCGCCCUUGCAGCCGCCCUGGACCUUGCUUGUCCUCCUGGAUCCAGCUUUUCUCUCUCCAGCGAAGCAGAUGGGCGGGGAUUAAAACAUGCACUGCACGCUUUCGAGACGGUGAGGAAGCCGAGGGCUGAAGCUGUGCAAGAGGCCAGUUUGCAUGGGGGUGACUCGUUACAUACUUCGAGUAAAGAAGAGCGUGGAGUUCUCUAUGAAGCUCUUGGCCAUUCGCACAGGGAUGAGAUCUGGCCGCUAGAAAUUGAUACUGGUGGAGGCAACUUCGUUCAAAGAUGUAAAUCAACAGGUCAACGGCUUGGACCAGGUGGCAUCACGGACAAGGGGACAAGAGAUUGGUGCUACAAUUACGAUGCCAUCGGUGCCGUAGAGAAAUACUUCAAGUCCUCGGCUGCGGAAACGCUUGCCUGAUGCUACGAAACCAACUUGAUUUAAACUCUUCUUGUGAGAGAUUUUGACCGCUGAGUGUUGUCGAUAUGGGAGUGAAUAAACAAGAAGCCAUUGGCCUUUCAGUUUCGGGUUACUCCGCAAAAUCUGAUCAAGUUCUGGCGGAACUCGCAAAAUCGUAGUUGCCACCAUCCCAGGAGGAGUCAUUGAAAACUUCAAUCCACUGGCGUUGCCAGCAACGAGUUUUGCUGCGGGUCAAAAUCUCUAACAGCCAGUCUAACUCUGAGAGGAAGCCCCG